UGUGCCUCGGACACCUCUCUCCGAAGUUCAUCAACUAUCUUCCAGCUCUAACCAACGGAUAGACCAAUAUAUUGACUGCUGAGAGUCAGACCAUCUGCGCCCAACUAAUUCUCACCACCUCGAUCGUCACCACCACCAUCCUGUCCCAGCCCUCUGUGUGGGUGUCUCUCUGACACCCCAUCUCCACCCUACCCCAAAACCCACCGACCAACCACCAGGACCUGUGGACAAGGGGCUGGCCUGUGUGUGUUUGUGUGUGUGUGUGUGUGUAUGUGUGACCGAACGACCGACCAAGCGAGUCAGCAACUCAAGCACCUCUGUGAUUAUCCCGAGACGACAACAAGAGAGGGGGACAACAAAGGGACUUCAAGGGAUGGAACUGAAGCACAUGCGCGACUACCUGGGUUGGCUGUACUACCAGUACCUGCUGAUCACGGGCAUCUACGUGCUGGAGCCCUGGGAGAAGUCCAUCUUCAACACCGUGCUGCUCACCAUGCUGGCCAUGGUGGUCUACACCUCCUACGUCUUCGUGCCCAUCCAUGUGCGCCUGGCGCUGGAGUUCUUCUCGGGCCUGUGCGGCGGGCAGCACGAGAGCACCAUGACCCUCAUGACCUGACCUUGACCUUGACCGUGACCGUGACCUGACUUGGGGAAAGGCGUGGAGGCACGCAAACACAGAGGGUGGGUUCCAAUAUGCUGACUCCCGUCCUCCCUUGCUCACUUGCCUGCUUGUGUCCUCGUGAUGACGGCAGAGAGGGGGCGUUAGCAAAACGGGAGUCC